AUGGCGGAAACUCCAAUGAGCGAGAAUAUUACAGGUGUGUAAGAGUGUAUCGAAUUACAUGAUUUUAUAUUGCGAAAAAUUGAAAGAAGUUGAAACCUCAUCAUUUUAAAUAUUUUAUAGGAAAGGACACAGACGCGUCUAAAAGGCUAUUUUGCGACGCGGGAUUAACACCAACAAAAAACCAAAACAAAAAAUCUCGGGAAGAGGAUAGCUCAGGUGAGAUCUUUAUUUAAUAAUAUAUAUCCUGUUAUAAAAUUCUUAUUAGUUAUAACACAUAGGAGAUUCAUUCAUUCGUUCACUCGAACGCAUGAUAUCAUACUGGCAUGAAUAUUUGAUUAGGUUUAUAAGAGAAUGCGAGUUUUUGAAUAUGCAUAUCAUAUAUUUAUUUAUAGAUUGUACUUUCGCUUUGCCAAGUCGGGCACUUGCCACUUGCUGAUCAAAUAUUUUCAUAAUUUUUAUAGGACGUACUUUACCCGUACAAGAAAUUUUUAGAGUUAAAGAUGGUUCAUCAAUUGAAAUAGAUCAGGCAAUGAUUGCCAUGCAAAAUUAUAUUGGUAGAACUAUUAAGCAAAACCAGCUCAACAAGGCAAUAAUUGAAGCGUUUGGAAAUACUGUUACACGUAAAAGAAUUAAAGUUGGAUCACGUAUUGGUGGUGAAGAUAAGCGAGCAGUAGUGUAUCCUUAAUUAUCAUAAAAAAGAAAUAAUAAUGGUUUAAUAGCAUUUCCACAUAGUGGCUAUUCUAUUCUAUUCUACUAUCCGUCGUUUAAGCAGUGUUUAUGUGACCAGGAUAACACUGGGACACAAUCACAAUUUGUUGUAUAUAUAUAUAGGAAUAUAAAGGUCAGAUUAACAAGGUACAGGUGUGUAGCCAAAUCAUAUAAAUGAACAUUGUAUAUCAAGUGAUAUCAACUGGUCUAUUUAUUCAACCUCAUACCCACUAAGGGAAGAUUUUCCUUCUUAGGGAGAAAAGCCCCUGUUAGAUGCUGGUCACAUGACUGCUACAAUCUAGCAUAUUUCUAAUAAUACUUAAUUUAUUACAUCAAAAAUAGUCGAACAUUGACUUUACAAGUCAGUUUCCUUAACUGUUUUUAGACCGAUGUAUGUUAACCUUCAGAAAAUCGACUGUUUGAGCCAAAACUCUGCCACUACUCCAUGUAGAUGUUCAACAUUGGAAAAGGAAAAUGAAAUGUUAAAGGAACAAAUAGCCCAUAUGAAAGAACGCAUAACUGAUUUAGAAAAGGAAAAUGCAACAAAUGUGAAAGACAGUGAAAAAAUUGAAAAGGAAAUUAAAAUUCUUGCAAAGUUAAGUAAAUUAGAUUUGAAAGGGUCACUUGAAAAACUGGAUGAACUGGACAAAAUGAUUCCAUCAACAGUAUUUUCAUCUAUUGCAUCAAAUGUUAAGGAACAGUGCCCUGUAAUAUCAAGUUUGUUAGAAACAUUGGCUGUUGGACAACAUACCUCAAGGAAUUGUGGAAAGAACGAAGACUACAAAUUUAAAUGUGCUUUGCAAGUAUUGUCUGCUAUCAAUGAAAUCCGCAGUCAGAAGUCUGAUAGUGACCUCUCAAUAUUGUUUGGAUUGUUGCUAAUAGCAAAUGGUGCUGGAAAAGGGAUAAUACAGUUUCUCCAUCCUUUUGGCCUUACAAAAUCAUAUUCAUUCUAG